GUAUCGCCAUAUUCUGCAUGCUCUUGACCUACUACAUGUGGAUCAAAGCCGUCAAAACCGGCUCCAUUUACUGGGCGGCCAUGUGCGCCCUCGCCUAUUUCUACAUGGUCUCCUCGUGGGGCGGCUACGUCUUCCUGAUCAACCUCAUCCCCUUGCACGUCCUGGUGCUGAUGCUGACCGGCCGCUUCUCCCACAGGAUCUACGUGGCCUAUUGCACCGUCUACUGCUUGGGCACCAUCCUCUCCAUGCAGAUCUCCUUUGUCGGCUUCCAGCCCGUCCUCUCCUCGGAGCACAUGGCCGCCCUGGGAGUGUUUGGCUUGUGCCAGAUCCACGCCUUCGUCGACUACCUGCGGAGCAAGCUGAACCCGCAGCAGUUCGAGGUCCUUUUCCGGAGCGUCAUCUCCCUGGUGGGCUUCGUCCUGCUCACCAUCGGCGCCACGCUGAUGCUCACGGGGAAAAUCUCCCCGUGGACGGGACGUUUCUACUCCUUGCUGGACCCUUCCUACGCCAAGAACAACAUCCCCAUCAUCGCCUCCGUCUCCGAGCACCAGCCCACCACCUGGUCCUCCUAUUACUUCGACCUCCAGCUGCUGGUUUUCAUGUUCCCCGUGGGUCUGUAUUACUGCUUCAGCAACCUCUCGGACGCCCGCAUCUUCAUCAUCAUGUACGGCGUGACCAGCAUGUACUUCUCGGCCGUGAUGGUGCGCCUCAUGCUCGUGCUGGCCCCGGUGAUGUGCAUCCUGUCCGGCAUCGGCGUUUCGCAGGUGCUGUCCACCUACAUGAAGAACCUGGACAUCAGCCGGCCAGACAAGAAGAGCAAAAAGCAGCAGGACUCCACCUACCCCAUCAAGAACGAGGUGGCCAGUGGCAUGAUCCUGGUGAUGGCUUUCUUCCUCAUCACCUACACCUUCCACUCCACCUGGGUGACCAGCGAGGCCUACUCCUCCCCGUCCAUCGUCCUGUCGGCCCGCGGCGGGGACGGCAGCAGGAUCAUCUUCGACGACUUCAGAGAAGCCUAUUACUGGCUGCGGCACAACACGCCGGAGGACGCGAAGGUGAUGUCCUGGUGGGACUACGGGUACCAGAUCACCGCCAUGGCCAACCGCACCAUCCUGGUGGACAACAACACCUGGAACAACACCCACAUCUCCCGUGUCGGGCAGGCGAUGGCAUCGACGGAGGAGAAAGCCUACGAGAUCAUGAGGGAGCUGGACGUCAGCUACGUGCUGGUGAUCUUUGGAGGCCUCACCGGGUACUCUUCUGAUGACAUCAACAAGUUCCUGUGGAUGGUGCGGAUCGGCGGCAGCACGGACACCGGGCGCCACAUCAAGGAGCACGACUACUACACCCCCACGGGGGAGUUUCGGGUGGACCGCGAGGGCUCCCCCGUGCUCCUCAACUGCCUCAUGUACAAGAUGUGCUACUACCGCUUCGGCCAGGUCUACACCGAGGCCAAGCGACCGCCGGGGGACGACCGG